CCGAUCAAUAAAGUGGAAGCGGAGUUGAUUCUAUCGAGGCGAGGGUAGAUCCGGCUCAGUCAUCGAGCACCCGCACAGCGACGCAUUAUGUUUCGGUAAUCAGAGUUUCGACACAAGCACGGUUUCUUGAUUUUCACCUCUAAGUUAAACUACCACAUUAUUUAACUUAUUUAACACACAAAGGAAAUGACAUCGAUAGAAGAGGCUUGGAAAGAGGCGACGGACGGUUUGGACGGUAGUGUCUGUGAUACAUGGUUCACAAAAUUGCAAGAGGCUUACUCAGAGGAGAAACGUACCUAUCACAAUUUAGACUCCCUUCGUGAAAAAUUGAACUGUUAUUAUGAAGUUAAGGACAACUUGAAGAAUCCACAAGCUGUGCUUUUUGCCUUAUUUUUUCAAAACUUUGAAUAUGAUCCUAAAGCUUUAGAUGGUGAGAACAAGAAUUUGGAAUACUUCAAUGCGUUUGCAGAUGAAGCUGAGAUUCCGGCUGAUUCGCAAUUAAGAGAAGAGGCUAGUGAACUCUUGAAAGUUGCUGCAACACACAGUACUGAUGCUCAUAAAAUUGGCGGUGCCUUUGGUGGUGAAGACGCUCAUUACUUUUUAGAUUUGGACAUGGCUGUGUUAGGUUCAUCAGCUGAAAAUUAUGCAGAUUACAGGGAGAAAAUACGUGGGGAAUACUCCUUUCUCAGUGAGCCAAUGUACACCGCGUUGCGUUUAAAGGUGCUGCAGAACUUCGUGCAGAUCCCAAACAUAUUUGCCACGAAGGAAUUUCGCGAGAAAUACGAAGAGCAGGCAAGGCAAAACAUUCAAGCUGAAGUUGAACUGUUAUCUUAGGAUGACUGGAGAACUUAAUGAACUGGAAGCUGAAUCUUUGUGAACUUUUUAUCAUCAGGAAUGUUCAUUGCAAGAAUAGCAAUUAUUGAAGAGAGGAUUUAAUCGACACAAAAUUGUUUUAAAUUGUAUCUGUAGAGUUUGAUCUCAGAGUAGUGUACGGUAGUACAAAUGUAUAUUUUCUGUAUUAGUAUCCAAACUACAUAUACGUGUCAGGCAAUGUCAUACAGAGAAGUGACAUAUUGUUUUAAUUAGGAGAUGCAUUCAUGUCCCAUGUUUAGCAUAAAUACGUCUUGAUUCAUUAGGUAUAGAAAAUUGGCAUGAUGUUCAUAGUGCGGCGAAUUGCGAGGCUGAAUUAUUUUCGAUGCUAAGUGUUAGACAUGAAUGGAUAUCUUUUAUCAUUCUCCUUUAUAAACGAUAUGUUUUGUAUUUUAAGAAUAAUGCGCUGAAGUCUGUUCGCUGUGGCUUUUAUACUAACGAUCAUUGAAACAAAUAUUUUCGAGUAUCUUAGUAGCAUUGUUACAUGCUUCUAAUGGAAUCAAAGUUACACAUAUGUUCAACAUAUGUAACAAACAUACUAGAGAUUUAUAUAUGUAUAUAUAUAUGUAUUCAGCUAAUGAACAAAUUUUAAACAUUGUUAUAUUGAAUUUAAACUCACAACUGUAAAAUGAACUUGUGAAACGAAGCCAGAGAAUUGUCAAUCUCUAAUAUACAAUUUAUUUUAUCUAAUCGAUGUAAGUGUUUAAAUAUGUUAUAAGAUAUAAAAGAAUACAUGAAUA